UGCACCAUCAGCUAUUGACCCAUAUCCAGCUUUCUGACUGUUAGCUUUUGUGUCAGUAUGGAGUCUCUCUGCUUCGUGGUUGUUUCUGGCUAAUAUCCUGUUGGUAUUUGGUGGCUUUAAUGUCCCGUGCAGGUCCUAUAAAAACCAUCGGCAAAGCGGGAACGGGCUGGCACUUUCGCCGGAUAAUGGACGAGCUGGUCCAUGACCUGGUGUCGGCACUGGAGGAAAGCUCGGAGCAGGCGGCCCGGGGUGGGUUCGGUGAUGGAGGGGACCACGCUCUGGCAGUAGGCUGCCUGCUGAAGAGACAAGCUCGGAAACGGAGGGGCAGGAAACGUCGCUCUGACAACCCACAUCCUCCGUGGGAGACUGGCCACCUGAGUGAGGGGUCAGAGUCCAGUCUGGAGGAGCAUAAGGACUACCGUGCCAGCUCAGGAGGUGUAUCAGCUGCCAACAGCCAUGCCCGUGACAACAGCGACUCUGAUGACCAGCUUGGCCCAAAAAGACGACCGCCCCACGCUGUCGACCUGGGACGAAGCAAACGGCCGAUCUGGCCUGAUGACCUGGCAGUCCUGGGCUCAGGGGAGGGAACUCGCAGCCUCAGACGGCGACGUAAGGUCAAACGUAUGGCUGUGGACCCGCCGGUAGAACCAGAACCUCACUCCUCCAUCCUUCUCGGGCCCCCACCCGUCCCUAAGGCCCGCGUUGGCAGCAGGCCGCACCGACUAUGUGCUAACGAGAGUAGGGGUGCCAUGGAGCUAUGUGGAGGUGGCCUGAUGGGGUCGGUGGGAGAAAAGAACCGCGUAAAGAAGAGAAAAAUGGCAAUGCAGAGACUGGGACUGGAAGCUGCUGACGAAGGAGUGGUUAUUGAGAGCGAAGACCCUCUUUGUUCUCCAAAAGAAGGUUCCAAGGACAAGAUGGAGCUGGACGAGCACAAGGGCUCAGAUGAGGACAUGAGUGACAGGUGUGAAACCAGCAGUGUCAGUAACAGCAGCGAUGGUGGCCUCUAUACCAAUGAUGAGGGGAGACAAGGUGACGAUGAACAGAGCGAUUGGUUCUAUGAGGGGGAACCCGGCUCUGGUUCUGGGCCCGGUGGUGCUUGUGGGAUAGCAGGAGUGGUUCCCUGGUGGGAGAGGGAGGCAACAUCGGAGGAGCUGGACCUCGCCGACCCUGUCUUCAACAGCAUCCUAACAGGGUCCUUUCCGCUGCUGACCCCCCAUGGUCAAAGAGGUUUCCAGGCCAGGUUGAGUCGUCUACAUGGAAACCAGCAGGGAUCUGAGGCUGGGAUGCCGGGAAGCUCCAGUCAGGGGUUCAGUGAAAGGCUGAGCCAGGACCCCCAUGAGCCUUGGUUUAGCCCAAGCUCAAGGAGGGACCACGGACAGUUGCACUGGGAUCCACGAACAGACAGAGGGCAUCGGAGGAGCUGUUCAGUUAAAACAGCAAGCAGACAGACCAGCGGGCACCUCGGCUCCCUGUGCACAGGCGACAUCAAGCGGAGGCGAAAGGCAGCCCCUCUUGGUUCCGUUGUACCUUCUGGUGUGGUUGGAGAAAACGCACCUCCCAUUCCUGACACGAACACGGGGAGCCGCAUGUUGCAAAGCAUGGGCUGGAGCCCGGGGAUGGGCUUAGGCCCCGAGGGAAGAGGGAUCACUGAGCCUAUCCGAGCAACGCAGAGACCCAAGGGGGCAGGGUUGGGGUUCAACUGACCGAGCAGGUCCUGGUCUCUAAGAUCACAUGGCUCAGUAAAAAAAGAACAAUGGAUUGAAAUCUCCUCAGGAUGAUUCUUAACCAAAGUCCUGUGAGCUACAAAAAUGAACAGAUUGAAACUUGGUCUACCAAGGACGUCUGUAGUGACAAACUUUCCCAUAUUGGGGAAACUUUAGGAAGCCGUCAUGUGUGCGUAGUAGAGUGAACUGAGUUGUAAGAUUGCUCUAACUCCAUGUUGGAGAACCUGAUGCUCGACCACAUGUUACCUCAGUGUUAAAGGGCAGCGAGUGUUUGAGCCCAUCCUGAGUGUGUGCUACUGGUUACAGAGCAGUCUGCUAGCAGGCAGCCAAACUGGGUGAAGAAAUGUUUUCAGAUUGCACAAAUAUUUGAAUAGGCCAUACCUCAACACACCUUUUAAAGUUGUUUUUUUUUAUUGUGAUGAAGUUAGCAUACCUUAGCAGAUUUUCUGUAUGUAUUAAUCAAUCAAUUAUUAAUUGGACUGAUUUAUUCCUUAGGUUUUUAUUUCUCCACAAACAGGAAAAAUAAAAUCUUAAACUGAAAAUUCAAUCUUUUUAAAUCAUUUUAUUGUUUUAUUUGAGUACUUCAUGUUUGAAAGCAUGUCAUUGGAGAUUAAAAGGUGAUAUAUACAACACA